ACUAAACUCAGUCUGAUGGCAGAAGCCAGUAUCUGCGUGGCUCACGAUCACUUCAUCUGUCCAGUCUGCCUGGAUCUCCUGAAGGACCCAGUGACUAUUCCCUGUGGACACAGUUACUGCAGGGACUGUAUUGAAGACUAUUGGGUCCAAGCGGACAAUGCUGGAGUCUACAGAUGUCCUCAGUGCAGACAGACCUUCACACCAAGACCUGUUCUGGGAAGAAACACCAUGUUGGCUGAAGUGCUGGAGAAAGUGAAGAAGGCAGAAGUCCAAGCUGCUCCUCCUGAUCGCUGCUACGCUGGACCUGGAGAUGCGGAGUGUGAUGUGUGUAUCGGGAGAAAGAAGAAAGCUGUCAAGUCCUGUCUGGUGUGUCUCGCCUCGUACUGCGAGACUCACCUCCAGCCCCACUACGAGUCUCCAACUUUUAAGAAGCACAAGCUGAUCGAUGCCACGGGACAACUGCAGGACAAGAUCUGUUCCCUCCACGAGAAACUGCUGGAGAUCUACUGUCGUACCGACCGCCAGCGUAUCUGUCGUGCGUGCGUGAUGGACGAACACAGGACACACGAUACAGUGUCAGCUGCUGCAGGAAGGACUGAGAAACAGGAUCAAGUAGAACUGAUGAAGAAGGAAUUUCAGCAGAAGAUCCAGCAGAGAGAGGAGGAGAUGGAGGAUCUGAGACAGGCCGUGGACUCUCUCGCAGCAGCGCUGGAGGACACCGAGAGCAUCUUCGGCGAGAUGAUGCGCUCCGUCGAGAGAAGACGCUCGGAGGUGAGAGACCUGAUCGGAGCUCAGGAGAAGGCUGCCAUACAUCGGGCUGAAGGUCUGCAGAAACAAGCGGAGCAGGAGAUUGCUGAGCUGAAGAGGAGACGCUCUGAGCUGGAGCAGAUCUUACACUCAGGAGAUCACAUCCAUUUCCUCCAGAAGUGCCAGUGUCUCUGUGCUCCUCCUGGACCCGGAGACUUGUCCAGCAUCACUGUCAGUCCACACUGCUCCUUUGAGGAUGUAAGGAAAGCUGUGUCUGAACUGAAAGAAGAACUGGGGGACACUGCUGACAAAAAAAUUCAAAUGUUCUUUCAAAAAGAUGCCUGUGAGCUCACACUGGACCCCAACACUGCCCAUGCCCACCUGAGCCUAUCGGAGGGCAACACAGCGGUGACCUGGAGCGGAGACUCUCAGCUUUGGCCUGACCGCCCCGAAAGAUUUGACCAUUGGAGUAUACCUGGACCACAGCGCAGGAACUCUGUCCUUCUACAGCGUCUCAAAGGACACCAUGACCCUCCUUCACAGGGUCCAGACCACCUUCACUGA